AUGGAUAAUCAAGAGCCAACAAAUCAAACUGUCAUUCGGGUACAACCACUUCGACAAGCUCAACAAGCUCAACAAGAUUAUCAAGAAAAUCAAGUACAACAAGUACAACAAAUUCAAAAAGGUACAACUAGUCCAAAAACAGGUACAACCAACUCAAAUACAGUUGAUUAUAUUGAAAUAUUGAAACUUAGUUAUAAUAAUAUUGUUGUUACCAAUGAUUAUUAUUAUUUAGAUUAA